UGUCCAACAUGGCGCUGGACGGGAGGAUGAUGUCCACGUCCUCGGCUCUGUCUCUGUCCUCCUUCCAGCCCGCCGCCGGGGACUUCUACCCCCGGAAGCUCGGCCCCAAGCCGGACGUGGUCCCGUCCGGGGUGACGGAGAGGAAGCCGGAGAAACCGGACAUGGUGACGGUGGACGUGCUCGGCGGCCAGGAGACAGACGUCCAGCUGCACAGAAAGAAACACGAACACGACACGUACGUCCUGGGCACCAUUCACCCGUUCAGGAAGACUCACAGAUCCGUCUUUGGGAAACUGCAGCAGGAGUUCAGACUGGUGACGUCAGACAGACGAUCGUGGAGGAUCCUGCUGUUCGGGGCCCUCAACCUGCUGUGUACCGGCUGUCUGCUGAUGUGGUGCAGCUCCACCAACAGCAUGGCUGUGCAGGGAGACAGCUGUGCAGAGAGACAGCAGUGCAGAGAGACAGCAGUGCAGAGAGACAGCUGUGCAGAGAGACAGCUGUGCAGAGAGACAGCAGUGCAGAGAGACAGCAGUGCAGGGAGACAGCUGUGCAGAGAGACAGCAGUGCAGAGAGACAGCUGUGCAGGGAGACAGCUGUGCAGAGAGACAGCUGUGCAGGGAGACAGCAGUGCAGAGAGACAGCUGUGCAGGGAGACAGCAGUGCAGAGAGACAGCUGUGCAGGGAGACAGUUCAAGCUGAUUUAUUUUAUUUAUUAUUUAUUAACCCUGUUUCUCUUUGUUUUGGUUUGUCUCUCUCUCUCUCUCUCUCUCUCUCUCUGUGUGUGUGUGUGUGUGUGUGUGUGUGUGUGUGUGUGUGUGUGUAGUGUGUGUGGUCUGGUUCCUGGUCUAAGCAGCGUUCUGCUGCCUCGUAUGAACCCGUUUGUUCUGAUCAACAUGGCCGGAGCUCUGUCGCUCUGCAUCACCUACAUGCUGAUAGAGAUCAAUAACUACAACGCGGUGGACACGGCGUCGGCGGUCGCCAUCGCUCUGAUGACCUUCGGCACCAUGUACCCCAUGAGCGUCUACAGCGGGAAGGUGCUGCUGCAGACGACUCCGUCUCACGUCAUCGGUCAGCUGGACAAACUGCUCCGAGAGGUGUCGACUCUGGACGGAGUCCUGGAGGUUCGGAACGAACACUUCUGGACCGUCGGCUUCGGCUCUCUGGCCGGUUCGGCUCAUGUUCGUAUCCGUCGUGAUGCUAACGAGCAGCUGGUUCUGGCUCACGUCACCAACCGGCUGCUGCCGCUCGUCUCCACGCUCGCCGUGCAGAUCUUUAAGGACGACUGGACCCGGCCGCUCCUCACCGGGACCCUCUCCUCCUCCUCCUCCUCCUCCUCCUCCUCGGCUGCUCCACAGGGUCCUGAAGGCUACGCCGCCCUCUCCUCCUCCUCCUCGCUGCCUCCUCUGCUGCUGUCCGACCCGCUGACCUCCACGCCGUCCAAACUCAGCAGCCCGCCGCCGGAGUUCGCCUUCGACACGCCGGGGAGGAACGCUCAGCCGGUGGUGCUGCCGGCGCCGGGGCACCACGCCCACCGCGGGCCGUACGGCGGCCUGGGGGGCCUCGCCUACGGAGCGUCCCCCUACGCCGGGAUGCUGAGUCAGGGCGCCGCGCGGCCCGGUGGCGGUGGCGGGCUGGGACUCGGAGCCGGGUUCGGACUUCCUCCCUCUCAGAGCUACAGGACUUCUGCCUUCGGAGGGUCGGCGCCGCCGCUCCGCUUCGGAGGCGGCAACCCUCCGGCUCCUCAGUCCCAGUACCGACCGUACCGACCCUGAACGCACCACGGACUCACCUCAGCUCAGAGAUCUGGAGCCGGGACAGGAUCUGGAUCUGGGUCUGGAUCUGGGUCUGGGUCUGGGUCUGGUCUCCUGCAGGAUCUCCUCUGACUCGAGAGACUCGGAGAGCCUGCUGGUAUUUAUUCUGCAGAGAAAAGGACCAAGAGUCGGAUUUCGGAUGUUUGAGUCUGUUUGUUCAUUAAUCUGCUACAAACAUCACGACUUUCAGAUUACGGCAGUGCAGACGCAAAAAAAUAAUUUUCGUGCAUCUGAUGCGAACACGAUGGUUUCUAAAAGUAUCGAUGCUUCGUUUACUGUUUACACAUGGGACACAAACACCGUUUUCAACAUGAUUGAGUAUUAUUUUAUUGUUACCCUUUUGGUAUUUUUGGGUGGUUUUGUUCCUUUUUUUGGUAAUUUUGUUUCGUUUUUAGUAAUUUCGGGUUGGAUUUUUUGGGGGGGUAAUUCUUUCACUUUUUUUGUAAUUUUGUUUAUUUAGUUUUUUCAAUUUUUCUUAAUUUUUUUUUUUUUUGUGAUUUUGUUUCCUUUUUGGUAAUUUUGUUUCUUUUUUUUCAUAAUUUUGUUUCUUUUUUGUUAAUUGUUUCUUUUCUUUUUUUUCAUAAUUUUGGUUUUUUUUUGGUCUUUUUGUCUCUUUAUUUUUGGUAAUUUUUUUUCACGUCAUCUCCCCUCCCUCCACCCUAACUGACACUUUUGGUGAAUAAUAUUUAGGAGAAAUUAGAUUUUGGCGUCUGCAUUGCACGAAAUCUAACGGUUUAUGGUGAUAUUUGGUUGAAGAACGGUUGUUUUAUUUCAUCAGGAUCUUAUUUUUACGGAACGGAAACAACGGAAACAACAUUCCUGGCGAGACGGAAUAAAGUGUUGAACUAAAUAAAAUAUAAAUUCAGCGUUAUGAUUCAGAUUUAAGGUUUCACAGUGAAACAUCACAAGCAGUCAGGAGGUCAAAGGUCACGAGUGAAUGAUGAUUAUUAGAUGAAAUAAAGAGAAAAGGAGGAAACCAAAUGUUUGACCAAACUGAGUUUUAGAAAACAGAAACGUAUGUUUGUGUGAUUUAAAUCUCUCUCUGACUCGUCUGAAGAGUUUCCUCAAAGUGUCCAAAUAUGAAAUAUUUUUCUUAAAACCAAAACAAAAUGAUAUGAAAUUGAUAUGAUAUGAUAUGACGAUAUGAAAUGUAUUUAAAUUUGGGAUCAAUCUACAGUUUUUUUUCUUUAAUAUAUUUGACUGCAGAGCUGCAGCUGCAACACAAAAAACAUUCCUUAAAAUAACAAUUAUUCAUGCAAUUUGCAUUUUAUUUUUUAGGAUUUAAAUAAUAAUAUUUUGGUAAAUGACAAAUGUCAGAAAAUGCACAUAACAAUUCCCCAACAUUCCAAAAUUUAGUUUCUCUUUUUUUGUUAAUUUUGUUUCUUUAUUUGCAAUUUUUUUUGGGGGUAAUUUUGUUUCUUUUUUGAUAAUUUUGUUUCUUUUUUUAGUAAUUUUGUUUCCUUUUUGGGGUAAUUUUGUUUCCCUUUUUUUGCUAAUUUUGUUUACCUUUUUUUGCUAAUUUUGUUUACCUUUUUUUGCUAAUUAUCUUUUUUUUGUAAUUUUGUUUCUAUUUUUCAUCAUUUGGUUCCUUUUUUGCUGAUUUUGUUUCUUUUUAUUAUUAUUAUUAUUUUAUGGAGCGUUUUUUGCAUUAAAAAUGAUCUAAACGAGUCGAAAAUUGUUGCAAAAUUAAAAAAAAUUGCCAGUGAAUUGUCUCUUAUAAUAAAUAUUGAUAUCAAGUUUUUGUUGCAUGUUUUCAGCAGCAGCUCUGCAGAAAACUUUCUUAUCUCCAAACUUUUUUUUGACUUUUUUAAAUCCCUUUUGGAGUCGAGUUUGGAGGAUUGUGAAGAAACGUUGGAUCUGUUUCACGACGACAUGAUGAGACUUGAUGAUCUCUGCUGGGAGUUUAUAUUUUUUCUUUUUAUUCGUGUUUUUAACGUGAACUCGGGCUGAGAGUCAGAGGUCAGAGGUCACAGGUUUUUGGUGCCUUUCGCUCAUUCAGGGAAUCAAAAACCCUCAAAACACUCGAAUCAAACUGUUACGUCAGAGCUGAGACGCCCAACAUGUCGGACGGAUGAAGAAAACUUUAACGUUUUCCAUCUUCUGUUUAUUUAAAAACUAAAGAAAUGUUCUGGUUUUGUAUGAUGUUGGUUGGAAGAAAGUAAAGAAAAAGAAAAAACACA